AUGAUAUUAUUAAUUAUUUAUUAUGAUUAUUAUUGUAAUAAUCAAUUAGAAUCUGUUCAAGACUUAAUAGUUAAUAUUGAUCAUACACUUCAACUAUCUGAUGAACAACGACGAGUAUUUAAUGAUUUUUUACAAUCUGAGCAAUAUAUGAUUGGAUAUCCAGAAGAGAAUAACGAUCAGGAUAAAAAUUAUCUUAAUGAUUUAUUUAAAAUUGAUUGUCAAGAUGAACAACAACUACCUAUUCGUCAUACACUUGUUAAUCUUUUAGCAAUGAUUUUACUCAGUGGAAAAGAAAAUACUCUAUGGACAUUUGCAUUUCAACCAUUGAAACUUGAAAACACAUACGGUUUUGCAUCGACUGCAACUAACCCUAUUCAACGUACUUUGAUUCAUUAUGAUUGUGGGUGUGUGUUAUCUGAAAGAGGAGCAUUACUUCAGAAGUAUGGCGAAAAUACAUUCAGCAUUCCAGCAGUUUAUAUUGCAUAUUUUGCAACAUUUGGUGCUUUGGCUUGUCAUCAACCCGAUGAAAAUCCAUGGAUUCAACCAAUUUAUACGACAAUCAAUGAAGAACGUGAAGCUGAAAAAGAAUUUCAGCAGAAUAUUUUCUAUCCUACAUAUCAAAAACUAAACGAUCAUAAACAAAUCAUUAAUAUUUUGCAAUCAAAAACUGAAGUACAGAUAAAAUUACAAAAUUAUAUAACUCAAAUGCCUAUUCGAAUUGAAAUUAUUCAUUUUAAAACGGAAUUAUCUAAUCCAGAAUCAAUUAAAUUACCAUUAAAAAUUCCACGACAAUUAUUUGAUUAA